CGUUCAAUGGAUCACGGAACGACACGAACUCGAGAAGCCUGUGAGCCAUGUCGCCGCAAAAAGUCGAAAUGCACGGGGGAAAAGCCAACUUGCUCGUUUUGUCAACGACUUGGCUUCUCAUGUGUCUAUCUCUCGAGAGCGCGGUCGACGCGACAAGGGACUUCUAAUGGAGUAACAAAAAAGCUGUCUACCAAAGAUCGUAUCCAGAUGCUGGAAUCGAAGCUCAGUGAUCUCUCCAGUCUGUUGCGGUAUGCUGCAGCUAUUUCGAAACAGGGUCCCUUCUACAUAAAAAAGAGGACUAAUGUCUAUGUUAGCCCAUUGCCUGACAGCAAUACACUCGGAGAACCUGACCAGGCACUCGCUGUUGGCAAUUCCCAACUUACUCUCGUCACUGACUCGCAAGAGGCAGUGGUCCAAGUAUCGGACGCCACUAGGACUUGUGACAAGUUUACUAAAACCAGCUAUGAUCCCCCGCCAGAGGCACUAAAUCAUUUCGUGCAAAUUUACAAAACUACUCUUCACCUUCAGCCUUUGCCACUAUUCAACCCCGACGACCUCUGGGAAAGAAUGGCCAUUCUCCCUCAGUUCCUCCUUCACAGUUUCUUGGCGCUUAUGCUGAAGUUCUCUAGCCACGAGUUCUACCACGGCGAGGAGGUAGAGGCUGCUAGCUUUUAUAAUCGGUUGGCAGCAGAUGCUACCAUGCGUCUCGCAUUUGACGGGGCCCCGAGACUGGAGGUGAUCCAGGCAUUAUGUCUAUUGACUUUGAGAAACAUUGCAGCUGGUGACACUUCACGAGCUUGCAUGACUACUGGUGCCGCCGCCAGACUCGAUAGUCUCCGUAGACCUCAGCGGCACGGUUCUUCGUUGGCGAACGAACUCGAUGUCCGAUGUUUUUGGAGCGUUUACAUGCUUGAGACGAUAUUCUUUCCACAUGUACCGAAUGCCCCGGAAAUGGACAAGUCCAGCCAACACCCACCAAGUGUCGAGCCGCCGCCGCCGAUCCCAUACGACAACAACCAAGUCGAUGCACCGGACCUCGAUAUUUCAGAUGGGACGACCGAAGAUUUGGGCAUCAACACAUACUGUGUCGAGAUGAUUAGUGUAUGGGGAAAAGUCGCCUCUCUGUUGCACAGAACGCGGCUGGGUGCAGUUGAAACUCCCUGGUUGCCGGGCUCAACAUUCUCAAGAUUGAACGUCUUACUAUACGAGUACGAGGCCCAACUGCAUCACAAGCAUUUACUAAGAAACCUCUUCCCGUCCAAGAGAUCAUCAGACGAGAUAUGCAGCUAUCUUGAGUAUUGGCAUCCAUGGUUGACAAUGCAUAUGACCCUGCAUGCCUCGCUUGCACUAAUGAACCACCCAUUCAUCCACCUAGUUGCCUUGCGGCGCAAGAAAGGUGUUUACCAAUCCCGGCUAUUUCUUCAGCAGGUGAUCGACCAAGCGUUACUACACACAGGAUGGGUCGUUUGGCUUGUGGAUAUGUUUAAAGAUGCGUCUUUUGAGAUCUACAACCCCCUACUCGGGUCGAUAGUUGCAGCUAUAGCCACAAUACCGUGGCUGUACCAGUUUGCCAAGGAUAACAAGGUUUCUCGUAAAGCGGUUGAGGACUUGGAAAAAUGCGAGAUGUUCCUCCAGCGGUUAUCAUUUACAUGGCCACAUAUUUCUCGAAAGCUCGAUGGCCUCAGAAAGCUGAAAUUGUUUGUCGCGGACAAACAACAAGACGUGCCAGGCAAGGCAACCAAGAUAACGGUUCCAUCGGGCAUGCUUUGGGAACUCCUUGAUCCUAGUAUCUGUGAUGCUACCAUAUCUGGUUCUCAGCUUCCAGCACUCUCGGAGGCAAGCAUACAUGUUACCACUCAUUUUCUUCAUCCCUUGGACGAUGACAAUCUCCAAAAGAGUCUGAUGGAUAGUGACAGAGGCAGCUUUGAAGAUGUGUUUACAUUAAGCCAAGAUGAUCUACGAGGGGUUUAUGUAAAUAGUAGUGUUUUCCCGUUUGAUUACAAUGUUAUAUAG